AUGCUUGAGACCGCCGCGGACGUCGCCAAGGCCAUGGUCCACAUGCACGCCGCCAACGUGCUCCACUCCGACCUGAAGGCUCGCAACAUCAUGUUGAAGAGCAGCGGCACGGAGGGUCGUGGGGUGACUGCCAAGGUGGCGGACUUCGGGCUGUCCACGCGCAUGGAGCACCAGGAGACGCACCUCAGCAGCUGCUUCCAGGGGACACUCACACACAUGGCGCCGGUGAUGCUGGAGGGGCGCAUCAGCAAGGCCGCGGACGUGUACUCGUUCGGCAUCCUGAUGUGGGAGCUGUUUUGCGCCGGCGACCCCUUUGCGGGUGUUCCCCGUGCGCACAUCGGUCACGCCAUCACCAAGGAGGGUCGUCGUCCCAAGUUCCCGCCCUUCGCCCCCCGCGACUACGUGGCCCUGGCGGCCCGCUGCUGGGACCCGGACGCGGCGCAGAGGCCCUCCUUCGAGCAGGUGCUGGCGGAGCUGGUGCGCAUGAGGGAGGAGAUG